CUUGAGCAGCAGCAAGUCAAGUUGACGACCGACCAACGAAUUUACUAAUCCACCAAACAGCCAAAGCGCUCAAGAUGUCGGCCGCUCCUACGACAAAGACCUUUGGCAAGUCGACUCGGACGGUUCCUCACCCGUCCGAGAAGGCUCAGAAAUGGUACCCUGCUGAGGACGAGCCCAAGCCUCGCAAGGUCCGCAAGGCUGUCCGCCCCUGGACUCCUCGCAGCUCCCUCCAGCCCGGCACCGUCCUGAUUCUGCUCGCGGGUCGGUUCCGCGGCAAGCGCGUCAUUCUUCUGAAGACCCUCGACCAGGGUGUCCUGCUCGUCACUGGCCCUUUCAAGAUCAACGGCGUGCCGCUCCGUCGCGUCAACGCGAGAUACGUCAUCGCCACAUCCCUGAAGGUCGACCUUACCGGUAUCGACGAGGCCAAGCUUGAGGAGGUUUCCCGGCCGAAGUACUUCACCGCUGAGAAAGCUAAGGAGAAGGCUGGCGAGGAGGCUUUCUUCAAGCAGGGGGAGAAGCCCCAGAAGAAGGAGGUGUCCAGCACCCGGGCCGCUGACCAGAAGGCCAUCGACAAGGCCCUCAUCGCCAACAUCAAGAAGGUCGAUAUGCUCGCCAGCUACCUCGCCACCUCUUUCAGCCUCCGCAAGGGCGACAAGCCCCACGCGAUGAAGUGGUAGAGUGGGUGCAAGGGCGCGGGCGUGAUGGGUGGUUGAUGGCGUGGUUUACGGUUAUGGCUUGACCGAUUGCAUUUGGACGUUUGACGGUUUUCGGUCCAUUACGGCGUCUGUAAUGAGGGUUUACAGUCAUCAAGAUCCCGAAAGAUCACCGGGCUUUGCACAGGAUCGGAGCCAUGAACAACAACCAGGUUAAGAGCAACCGGGGAUGUCUGGUGAAUUUUACUUGGGACAACGUGAAAUGCGCUGGAUGGAAGGGCAGAUAAACCAGAUACGUCUGCAGAACCCCGAUCCCAGGGCGUUUAGGCCACUGCGGGCAUCGAGGGAGCAAACAAGGAGUAACAUCAAACUCAGUGAAUGCCACAAACAUCCCCCGUCC